CAGGGCGCGCCUUAAACACACCGCUACCUCUCCGCCCCCCAUGGCAUCCCUGCCGCCGCCCGGGCCGCCGUCCGCCGGCGGCGACCCUCUCGCCGCUACCAUUCCACCCUCAUUGCCCUCGCCGGCUCCGUCGUCGUCCUCGCUCAACCUAUCCCCGUCGCUGCUCAUCAUCACCGCGCUCCUCGCCUUCGUCUUCUUCGCCUCCGUGUCGAUCCACUUCCUCCUCCGCUGCCUCGCGCGGCCGUCCUCGUCGUCGCACCCGGCUCCGAGCCCGCUGCCCAGGGGUGCACCCCAGCGCGCGCCGUCGUCCUCCGUGGAGGCUGAGGAGGCUAACGCGUCGGUGAGGAGGAGCCAGGCCGGGGAAGCGGCGGGAGGCGGAGAGGAGGUCGACGACGAGAAGGAGCGGCUGAUCGCGUCGCUGCCGCUGUUCACGAUGGCGUCGGCGCUGGCGGCGCUGCCCAAGAGCUCCCCCGACUGCGCCGUCUGCCUCUCGCCGUUCGCGCCCGAGGCCGAGCUGCGGCUGCUCCCGGCGUGCCGGCACGCGUUCCACGCCUCCUGCGUCGACGCCUGGCUCCGCACCACCCCGUCCUGCCCGCUCUGCCGCGCAACCGUCUCGCUCCCGCACCCGCCACUCCCCACCGCCGCCGCCCCCGUCCCCAGCGGGCAACAAGAGCCCCUCGACUCGCGGAGCAGCAACAACUCGAGGAGCUUCCGCGUCGAGAUCGGCAGCAUCAGCAACCGCCGCUCCUCCGCCGCGGGCGACGACCGGCGCACCUACUCGCUCGGCUCCUUCGACUACCGCGUGGACGAGGAGGUGGAGGCCGUCGUGUCCCGCAUCGCGCGCCCCGUGGCGGCGGCGGCGGCCAAGUCAACAACCGGGGCCGUGCCGCCAUGCCCAGGCGAGGCGCUUGCCGAGGCGGCGGGGUCGCGGGGAUGGCUGCGCGAGUACGUGGACCGCCUCGCCUCCUCAGCCUCGUCACUCUCCGGCCGGUGGAGCGGGCGAUGGAGCGCACGGUGGAGCCAGAGCCAUCACAGCAACCGGCAGGAGGACUCGUGGCGGUGGGACCCGGAGGCGGCGGCGGCGGCGAUGUCGGCGCCGCGGGGUGUGGACGAGGACGAGCCGGGGUUCGUCACGCUGUACCGUUGGAUCGUAGGCGUAUAGAAUUAGCCCCUGUAAUUACAGGACCUCACGAGGGUUUUUUUGUUAAUUUCCUUCCACAUUUUUUUACUAGGACUUUAUUGUAAAGAGAACAAAAAUUCCAGCUCCAGGUAAGCUUAACGUCUCU